UGUGAGUAGGCCUGGUGCAGCUUCGUGAUGGAAGUGUUCUGUAGCGUGAGGCGUUAUUUCUAGUAGCCAGAAUUAAAGGAUUUCAUUCCUUUAAAUGGUGAAGUGAGCGAGCGAAACACGGCCAAUACUUUUGCAGAAGAGGUUGACAAGAUAGUGAUGGUACACGGCUGUUGUGACAGCAGCAGGCUGUGAAUUCACAUCGUCAGCCAGCAGCUCCCAACAGGAGCUGAGUCACUUCAGAGAGUCGUAGGUGCAUUGCUUCUUGAAUGUACUCUGAUUUUACUACAUCAGCUAGAAAAUUGCUCUUAUUUUGGAAUUCUUGGCAGUCGUAUUGAAAGACAGCUCUUUAGCGCUGCCUUUCUGCUUGGCUGUGUUAAAUUCAGCUGGGAAUAAUAGCAGAAAUAAAGGUUGAAAAAAUAGUCUUAGUAAGUAACCGGUAUGUGUAGCUCAUAGUCAUCAUGUUUGAGAUGUAAGGUCAGCUACUCAGUCACCAACUGGAGCCCUCAAACAGCAUCGCUGCACGUAUCAGGAGUUAACAUCUGCCCAGCAAAGACAGAACCAGAAGUUGCUCCUAUAUGGAUCAGCAUUCUAGUGAUGGUGAAAUUGGAAAAAGACUACUGUAAGCAAACCCAGGAUGAAUCGGGUGCCAAAUGAUGCAGAAAAUGCUCACAGUAGCAGUGUGGAAUCCUGUCCGUCCUUGCGAGAUGUCCACUCCAUCAACCCAACACACCUGAUGGCCAGGAUUGAGUCCUAUGAUGUCAGAGAGAAGAAGGGAAUAUCGGACGUCAGAAGGACUUUCUGUUUAUUUGUUACAUUUGAUCUCUUAUUUAUAACUUUGCUGUGGAUAAUAGAAUUAAAUGUAAAGGGAGGCAUUGAGACUACCUUGAAGAAAGAAGUUCUACAUUAUGACUAUUCUUCUUCAUAUUUUGAUAUAUUUCUACUGGCAGUCUUUCGAUUUAAGGUGUUAAUACUUGCAUAUGCAAUGUGCAGACUGCGCCAUUGGUGGGCAAUAGCUUUUACAACAGCGGUGACCAGUGCCUUUUUACUAGCAAAAGUAAUUAUUUCACAGCUGUUCUCACAGGGUGCUUUUGGCUACGUGCUGCCCAUCAUAUCAUUUAUACUUGCCUGGAUUGAAACCUGGUUCUUGGACUUCAAGGUGUUACCACAAGAAGCUGAAGAAGAAAACAGAUUUUUGAUAGCACAGGAUGCUUCCGAACGAGCAGCUCUCCUUCACCCAGGAGUCCUGUCUGAUGGCCAGUUCUAUUCCCCUCCUGAAUCUGUAGCAGGAUCUGAUGAAGACUCUGAAGAAAAACAAGACAGUGAAAAACCAGUUGUAUAGCAAAUAUGGAAAACAGAAGGAAAAUCUCUGAGGGAAGUUGGUGGGGAUUUGGAAACUCUGGCAACAGUCUGUGAUUGAGUUGCUGGUGGAGCUGCUGACUGGAGAAUUUAUUCCUUAGAAAGCAAAGGGAAUGGUUCCCAUGUACUGUAAUACCUCACAAAGAUGUACCUUGUGACAUAUGUAUAUUAGAUUGCCUCCUGAGUGGCAUGAAAAUACUUGUCCAUGAUGUAUUAUUCAGUGAUUCCUGAAGUUGAUCUUCUAAUGACUAGGUAAUUACUGGCAAGUGUUGUCUUUGUGUACCUAAUCAAGAGACUGGUAAUAUAAUGAAGUAAAACUUCUCUGUGGUGGAAGUAUAUUUAAUGGUUGGGACUCACUAGGUAAAAUUAUUUUAUGUUUUUGCAGUUUUGUCAUUAGUUUUAUGUUUACUUUUUUUUUUUUUAACUCCGUGCAUUU